ACCAAUAAGAACCUGCCAGCUGUCACUAUAGACUCGUGCGACCCACUAAAACGCUUGCACUUUAACUUUGCACGUGCACCUGCACGUGCUUUUCUCCCCAAAACCCUAAACCCUCAAAAUCCCCAAAAAUCAAAACCACUUCACUCUCACAGUUCCAUACUCGCUUCAAUUCAAUUCGCUUCACUUUGACUCAGAUUCUUACCAUAUUCGUCAACGAAAUGCAAAAUCCAGUGGUGUAGUAGUUCAUGAUCGAAACUAGCUAGUUCAUGUGGGAGAUGAUGGCAAACUUCGCUUCUUUUUUGUUGCUGAGCUGUGUGGUGGUGCUGAUCGCAUUUGUGCAUGAAACGUUGCCGUAUGGUGGUUCUUCUGGACCGCACAUUGCAGAUGUUAACCUUCUUUUGCCUCCCAAAAUGACUUACCCUGUCGAGUACAGGCUUCAAGGAAGUGAUGGUUGCUUCAAAUGGUCAUGGGAUCAUCAUGAUAUACUAAAUGUACUGCCGGAGUACAACUCUAGCAGCAAGUGCUCGACUAGUGCAAGGCUGCGAUCAAUUGCCCCUUAUAGUGGUCGGAAGGAGACUGCCGUUUAUGCUGCUGAUGUAAAUACUGGGUUUGUAGUUCGAUGCAAAGUCUUCAUUGAUAAUAUAUCCAGGAUCCAGAUAUUCCAUAAUUCUAUUAAGCUUGAUUUGGAUGGACUUGCUACACUACGCAUCCGUGCCUUUGACAGUGAAGAAAAUGUGUUUUCCUCAUUAGUCGGCUUACAGUUUAUGUGGAACCUUAUGCCUGAAGUCAGUGGAUUGCCUCAUCACCUUGUUAAUGUUCCUCUAAAGGAUUCUCCCCUUAGUGAUUGUGGAGGACUCUGUGGUGACUUGGAUAUACAAAUAAUGCUUGAAGAAAAUGGUGUAUUUUCAGAUCUAUAUGUAGUACGGGGAGUUGAGAUUGGCCACGAGCUUGUCUCUGUGCUUUUGCUUGAGCCACAGUUGAAGAAUUUGUCUGAUGAGAUUGUUCUCACUGUAGCUGAAGCUAUGUCACUUGAUCCUCCCUCACCAGUUUUUGUCCUUGUUGGUGCAGUCAUUCCCUAUACGCUUAAAGUCACUCGGGGAAAUGUUCCUCAAGUGGUUGCUUUACCGUCACCACAUCAUCACUGGUCUGUCUCAAAUGGUUCGGUUGCUCAGGUUGACUCAAAGACAGGAUUAGCAUAUGCAUGGAACUUGGGAAUGACAGCUAUCAUUGUUGAAGACAUAAGGGUUGCUGGUCAUGUACAAGUUUCUUCACUAAACGUCGUCCUACCAGCUUCGUUAAGUUUAUUUCUAGCACCUUUAUCUAGUACUGGUGAUCCUGUCGAAGAAAUCGACUCCAUACCUCAAACGGCUCGUUGGUAUGUUGUGUCUGGCCAUCAGUAUCUUAUCCAGAUAAAAGUUUUUGCACAUGCUCAUGAUGCACAAGAGAUUUAUAUCACCGAGAAUGAUGAUAUUAAGGUUUAUGAUGACCACAAAUACUUUAAAACAUUUUUGGUUUCAAAUGAUAUUGCUGUCAAACAUGGCUGGCGGAAUUCUAAAAUCCUUAAAGCUUAUUCCCCUGGACUUGGAAAAUUUACAGCUUCUUUGACCUAUCCUGCUGGGGCCGACAACAAAAAGGAGAUUAUAACAGUUGUGCAAGAGAUUAUGGUUUGUGAUCAAGUGAUGUUCACUUUGGAAAAUGAAAAUAGAACCAUCUUAUUGCCUUGGGCCCCUGGUGUUUAUCAAGAUGUGGAGUUGAAGGCCAUAGGAGGUUGUGCAAAAGCAGUGAGCGACUACAAAUGGUUGUCUUCAGACACAUCUACUGUAUCUGUAUCAGCAUUUGGUAUUGUUCAGGCAAAAAAGCCUGGUAAAGCUACCAUUAAAGUGUUUUCUAUAUAUGAUUCACUAAAUUAUGACGAGGUCCUUGUUGAAGUCUCCAUCCCAUCUUCUAUGGUUGUGCUUCACAAUUUUCCAGUAGAAACUGUUGUUGGAUCACACCUUCAAGCUGCUGUGACAAUGAAAGCAGCAAACGGUGCCUUCUUUUAUAGAUGCAAUGUCUUUAAUUCUUUGAUUAAAUGGAAAGCUGGAAGCGAGUCUUUUGUAAUUGUCAAUUCAACUCGGGACUUAUCAUACUUGGAAACAGCGACAAAUACUCAGUUCCAUUCAUCAGCUGAUGGUUUUCCUUGCUCUUGGACACAUUUAUAUGCUUUGAAUCCUGGUCAUGCUGUGAUCCAUGCCAUACUUUCUAAAGAAUAUAAUGAAUACAGUCAUGGUCCUGUUGUCUUAAAAGCAUCAUUUCGUGUUGCGGCAUAUGUACCCCUUAUUGUGCAACAGGCUAGUGAUGGAAACAAAUUUGGUGGUUACUGGCUUGACUUGGCUCAAACAAAAAGUAAUAAGCAAUCUCAUACGUUAGAGGAGUUAUACCUUGUCCCUGGGACAAGUUUAGACAUAUUACUUGUUGGUGGACCUGAACAGUGGGACAAAGGUGUUGAUUUUAUUGAAACUGUGAAUGUUAUACGUCAGGAUAAUGCUCUGGUUGAAAAUGGAGUUCUUGUGCAUAGGUUAUCUGGUAGCUAUAACAGUUUGUAUGGAGUUUCAUGUCAAACACUGGGAACCUUUAAACUUCUUUUCAAACGUGGGAACUUGGUGGGAGAUGAUCAUCCUCUUCCUUCAGUAGCUGAAGUUUGGCUGUCGGUUACUUGUAGCAUUCCUUCUCAUAUUGUAGUCAUCGCUGACGAACCAGUGAAUGAACACGUAAUUAUUAGAGCCGCAGCUCAAGCUGACCGUAGUUCGGGGCAACUUCGAAAUUCCCCUGUUACUGUGGCAAAUGGACGCACUAUUCGGGUAUCGGCUGCUGGUAUUAGUGAUUCUGGAGAACCUUUUGCAAACUCAUCUUCUCUCAGUUUGAGGUGGGAGCUUAGCAGUUGUGAGGGACUAGCAUAUUGGGAUUAUGCUUUUGAGAUUGUGAAGUCCAACAACUGGGAGAGAUUCUUGGUCUUGCGAAAUGAAUCAGGAUUGUGCAUUGUUCGUGCUACUGUUACUGGCUUCAUUGGCAGCUUGGAAUACAAUACAUCUCACCUGUUUCGUGAAAGAGAAAAUUUGCUAACAGAUGCAAUUCGGUUACAGGUACUAUCUACUGUAAUAGUGACUCUUCAAUAUGGAGUCAUUUUACCUUUUAGGACCAGCUUUUUUCCCCAACAGAUUAAAGUUGGUGCUCAUAUACAUCCUCAAAAUCCAGUCAUUCACAUUGGAAGCCCUCUUAACUUCAGCGUAAAAGGUUUGAGCGAUACUGUUUCUGGACAGUGGUUUACCACAAAUGGAAGUGUCAUAUCGGUUGACCCAAUAUCUGGGAUGGUCAAAGCUAUUGGGGAAGGUUCAGCCCAAGUGUCUUUCCAGUAUGCAAGAUCAAAACUGCAAACAACAAUUACAGUGUUAAAAGGAGAUACCAUUUCUGUUGAUGCUCCGAAAGAGAUGUUAACUAAUGUUCCAUACCCUACAAAAGGAUACAACUUCCCCGUGAAGCUAAGCAUUAGUGCUGGUUCACCUGGAGGAAACAAUGGAGUUUCGUUUGAUUGUAGAGUAGAUCCACCAUACGUGGGGUACGUGAAGCCAUGGCUGGAUUUGGACUCUGGCAACACAUACUGUCUUUUCUUCCCUUACUCACCAGAGCAUUUGGUGCACUCAGUACCCAAGUUAGAAGGCUCGAGACGAGACAUAUCUCUCUCCAUAUAUGCUUCCCUUAGACAACAUAAUAGUAUUUCGGGAUCUGCUUCAGCACUUUUUAUUGGAGGGUUUUCUGUAAAGGAGAUGGGCAAGAAUUCAAUGCAACUGAAUCUGUCUCCAGUCUCUAACAGAAGUAGUAUAACCAUCUUGGGAAAUACUGAUGUUGAAAUUCAAUGGCAUCACCAAGAUUUGGUUAUGGUUAGUCCAAUUCAUAAAGAAGAUUUUGGCAUUCGAGGCCUGGCACAAUAUGAGGUGAAAGUGCUGAAAAACAAGAGAUUCCAGGACAAAAUCAUCGUCACACUUCCAGCUACUGGCCAGAGAGUAGAAAUAGGUGUAAACUAUGAACCUGAGGAAACAGCGUCGUCCAGUGGAACCUUUGAUAAAGCCCUCAUUGCAAUCUUACUGGGGACACUUCUGCUGUCAACUCUCAUAGCGUGGAUUUUUGGCUUCUUGGAUGGACGAGUGAGAUCUCAACAAACCCGUGCUCCGGCUACCGCAAGCAGCGCUGCAGCAGCACCUAUCACACCGGAAAGAAGCAGCCCUGCCAUUGUAAAGGAAAUGUCUCCUCGGACGCCACAACCUUUUGUAGAAUAUGUGAGGAGAACUAUUGAUGAAACUCCAUACUACAAGCGAGAAAGGAGAAGGGUUAAUCCACAGAAUACGUUUUAGGGUUUUCAUGGCCUAAUUGACACCUCCCACUAUUCUCAUCACACAUAGGUGGAGUGCACUCUUGCACUCAUUGUUGUAUAAUCUUCUCAAUGACAAUUUUGGUAAUUAGUAUUGUAAAUUUAAGAAUGUAUGCUAGCAUUCUGUAUUAAUUAGUGUCCAUUUAUUUGUAUGGUUGCUAGGUUAAUGUUGUUGUGAAUGUGAUGAUGUUACCAUGCACGUGAAAGGGUGGAAACUAAUAAACAUUCCCGGGGAGAAUAAAAGCACAACCAUAUAAAUUAAAAAAAAA